UCAGCUGAGCGUGGUGGUGGUUGAUGGGAUCACGGCUGCGGCCAGCUGUGCUGAUGCGGUCUGAUCUUGGUGGUCAAGAUCUAUCCCCGUAGGGAGGUGCGGGCCGGGGAGGGCGGGGAGCGGCUGGCAAGAAUGGGGCGGGGAUGUUCGGGGCCACCGACCAACCAAUGAAUACGUACCUGCAGCAGGCCACACAGCACAGCACACAGCACACCUCACACCUGAGAUGGAUGGAUGGAUGGAUGAAUGCCAUGCAUAUACCGGACAGCUAGAGAUCCAUACGUAGAUGCAUCCGUCUCCCGGCCUCUCAUACAUACCUUUGAGAUUUGACCCAUUGGCGUUCGACCCAUUGGCAUUGAGAUCCGUGGCCGUGUCAGACAGGUGGGCUCGUGACACCAAGACGAUGACGUUGAGUGCAGAUGCGCCGAACAGGGCGGCUGCUUGCCACGGCGACAUUUCGGGCUCGAUGAGGGCAUAGAUGAGGAGACCGACAGCGAUAAUGUACUGAAACACACAACGACAAACCAACCACAUUGACCGGCUAGACACACCGUGGUCACGACUGAGUCUGCCUCCUUACCUGUGCAGAGUCGGGCUCUCCGAGUUUGUCGAGGAGAAGCCUCUUUCCGCCUGAUAAACUACAACAAUGUGUUAACAGACGGGUGCCGGCAGAAGGAGGGGUGACUGCGACUCGUAAGUAACUCGACCCACCGGUGCUGCAAUGUUCAGUUCAAUGUAGCUCUUACACGCGGCGUCAUACACGCCACCUCUCGAGUUCGAUUUGCAUGACGCCCUCGGGGCGCCAUCCUGCUUGACCACUGCACGCACACACGCACACACACACACACACACACGUGUGAUGGUGUGUGUGUGUCUGUGUGUGUGUGCGGCGCCGACCUCUCUGCUGGGUCUUCCUGGUGAGUUUGAGGUUGGUGAAGAAGGCCACACCGGUGUGGUCAUUGCUCCCGCUGAGGAGCACCUCACUCGAAGAUGUGUAGGGGUUGUCUGUCUUGCUCGCUUGUCACACCACCGCCUCCGCCGACAGCAGGGCCCGAGACACGACAAGGCCUUUCGGGCUCCACGGGGUCCAUCUGCAAAGAAAAACACAUACUACGCGUGUGCACAGAUGCAUCCAUUGCAGUGUUCGCAGAUGCAUCCACUCACGUGCGUUCACACCAUUAGCAGCUCAAUGGUCCUGAAUGAAGUCUCGCCACCUGCGUCUUCGGGUUCUCUAUGCCUGAGACACAC